GGCCUGAAAAGCCCCCAAGAGAGUAUGGCGGACCUCAGUCCUGUGGAAAACCUGAGGAUACCGAGCAAAGAGGAGCUGCGAGAGCUGAGGCAGCAGCCCAUCGACCCCCAGGCCGAGCAGGAGAUCAUUGACAGCAUAGAGGAGGUCUACUUCUCAAACGACUCCUUCGACAUGGUGCAGCAUGAACUGGAGAAACUCCCACCUGAGCUGAACCUGCAAGAACUAGAGGAGUACAGAGACAAGCUCAAGAGACAGCAGGCUGCGGUUUCCAAAAAGGUUGCAGAUCUCAUUCUGGAGAAACAGCCCACGUAUGUUAAGGAACUGGAGAGAGUGACGGCGCUGCAGACCAACCUGCAGCUGGCAGCAGUCAUUUGCACUAAUGCCAGGAGACAGCUCAGUGUUUCGAAGGAGGGCUUCACUGAGGCCAGCCUGGGCCUGCUGGCCAAUCAAAGGAGACGACAACUGCUGACAUGUCUACUGAAAUCACUGAGGACCAUCAAAACCUUGCAAAGAACAGAUGUGAGACUCAGCGAGAUGCUCGAGGAGGAAGACUAUCCAGGUGCAAUCCAGCUCUGUCUGGAAUGCCAGAAGGCUGCCAGCACCUUCAAACACUACAGCUGUAUAAGUGAACUGAACUCAAAACUUCAAGACACUCUGGAGCAAAUAGAGGAGCUGCUUGAUGUGGCCCUUUCAAAGACCUGUAAGCACUUUGAUGUUUUGCACUACACCAAGGUCCAGCUGGCUUACACGCUCCUGGGCAAAACACAGACCGCCAUGGACCAGCUGCACAUGCACUUCACCCAGGCCAUCCACAACACCGUGUUCCAGGUGGUGCUGGGCUACGUGGAGCUGUGCGCCGGAAACGCCGACACAAAGUUCCAGAAGAUGCAGUACAAAGACCUGUGCACGCAUAUCACCCUGGACAGCUACAUUCCCUGCCUGACAGAUCUAUGUAAGGCUCUGUGGGAGGUGAUGCUGAGCUACCACCGUACCAUGCAGUGGCACGAGGAGCACGACAAGCAGGAGAACGCGCCCACUCCAGAUGAUGCUGUAACAACAGAGUCGGAUGAGUUGACAGUGGACCGUAGCUAUGUGAAAAAGAAGCUAGAGCAUGGACUGACUCGGAUCUGGCAGGAUGUCCAGUUGAAAGUGAAAGCCUACAUCCUGGGAACAGACAUGUCUAACUUUAAAUACGACGAUUUCAUCGUGGUUCUGGAUGUCAUCAGCAGGCUGAUGCAGGUUGGUGAGGAGUUCUGUGGCAGUAAGUCAGAGGUCCUGCAGGAGUCCAUCAAACGCCAGAGUAUUAACUACUUCAAGAACUAUCACAGGGCACGGCUGGAAGAGCUGAGGAUGUUUCUGGAGAAUGAGACGUGGGAGCUGUGUCCAGUCAAGUCGAACUUCAACAUCGCCCAGCUCCAUGAGUUUAAGUUCAUGGGCCAGUGUCGCUCUCCGUCCGUCUCACCGAGCAGACAGGCCGUGUACUCGUCUGCUCCGGCCCAGGAGGAGCUGCUGCUGUUCCAGCAGUUUCUCCAGGAGGGGAACCCCUUUGAGAUGCACAUUGAGCAAAAAGAAGAAGAGACAGAGGAUGUCCUUGCAUCUAACGGGUAUGAGUCAGACGAGCUGGAGAAGAGUGUGUAUCAGGACUACGACAGUGACAGCGAUGUCGCUGAGGAGCUCAAACAGGACUAUGUUGAUGAGCAGACGGGCGAUGCCCCUCUAAAGAGUGUGUCCCGAGACACCGUGAGAAGCAAGAAAAGGUCGGACUACAACCUCAACAAGACCAACGCCCCGAUUCUCACCAACACCACCCUCAAUGUCAUCAGGCUUGUCGGAAAGUACCUGCAGAUGAUGAACAUUCUGAAACCGAUCGCCUUUGAUGUCAUCCACUGUGUGUCACAGCUCUUUGACUACUACCUUUAUGCUGUAUACACCUUUUUUGGACGCAAUGACAUGCCUGUCCCAAGCCCUUCUUUGCCCACUUAUGGUGGGAGAGAGGCGGCUCCUGCCAGAGUGGUGGGCCCUGCCUGUUUGUAUGAGUCAUCAGGCCUGGGCCUCAUCAGCAGCAGACUGAGGACGACUCUGAACCGGAUCCAGGAGAGUCUCAUUGAUGUGGUAAGACAGCGUCCUCUGUUCUCCGCCUCACCCCGUCUUCUACUCCUCAUCUCUCUACCUCUUUCUGUUUCACCCGUCCUUGUUUCCCCAUAG